UAUACUUUGGUAGCUUCGGGGCUGUAAUUUGAAGGCCUCGUGCUCUGAACCCAAAAGGAGCUGGAGGCGAAGGUCUUCGUGUGAUUUGAAUGAGGGAAAGAGAAAGCACAUUGGCAAACCUCUACCAAGCUUGCAUAGUGGUAUUGGGAAAUAUUUAUCUUUUGGUGCAUUAAAUAUUGCGUCGCAUUCAAUGGAAGGGGGCGUCCACAAAGCCGACCAGACUGAGUUUCGGGACUGCCUGCAUUUGACAUGGAAGCAACCGUACAUUCUUCGCCUCGCAUUCUCUGCUGGCAUUGGCGGCCUUCUUUUCGGUUAUGAUACCGGCGUCAUAUCGGGAGCACUUUUAUACAUUCAAGAUGAUUUCAAGCAAGUUGAAAAGAGUACUGUGCUACAGGAAACCAUCGUGAGCAUGGCCGUAGCUGGGGCUAUUAUAGGAGCCGGCUUAGGCGGCUGGAUGAACGAUAGAUUUGGAAGGAAACCCUCUAUUUUAAUCGCCGACCUUCUGUUCUUUAUAGGCGCUAUAGUUAUGGCUGUCGCGCCAAUUCCCGGGAUCAUAAUUCUUGGAAGAAUCUUUGUUGGGCUUGGAGUUGGGAUGGCUUCUAUGACUUCUCCGCUCUACAUUUCUGAAGCUUCCCCUGCGAGAAUUCGCGGAGCUCUUGUUAGCACUAACGGGUUGCUGAUCACAGGAGGGCAGUUUUUGUCGUACCUUAUUAACCUCGCUUUCACCAAGGCACCCGGGACAUGGCGCUGGAUGCUUGGCGUUGCUGGAAUUCCUGCUUUUGUCCAGUUUAUAUUGAUGUUGAUGCUUCCUGAAUCACCAAGGUGGCUAUAUAGAAAGGACAGGAAAGAGGAUGCUGUAAACAUCUUGAGGAAGAUAUACCCUCCCAGCGAAGUCGAUACUGAAAUUGAGGCCUUACGUCAAUCCGUUGAAGCUGAAAUUGCCGAGGAAGGAUCCGUCGGCGGAGACGGCUUAUUUAACAAGUUAAAGCAGGCAUUUAGCAGCACAGUUGUUCGACGGGGUCUCAUGGCGGGCGUCCUUUGCCAGGUCGCACAACAGUUUGUGGGCAUUAACACUGUCAUGUAUUACAGCCCUACCAUCGUGCAAUUGGCCGGUUUCGCUUCGAAUAGCACUGCAUUGGCCCUCUCUCUCAUAACCUCUGGAUUGAACGCCGUUGGUUCUAUUGUUAGCAUUUAUUUUGUGGAUAGAGCAGGUAGGAGGAGGCUUAUGCUGCUUAGCUUGGUGGGGAUCGUUACAUGCCUCGCAUUGUUGGGUGGUGUGUUCUUUGGGGCAGCUAGUCAUUCUCCAGCAGUAAGCAAUGUGGAAACCCGAUUAUUUGGAAAUUAUACAUGUUCUGAUUACACGCCGGCUUCUGGGAUCAGAUGGAAGUGCACAGACUGCUUGAAAGCAGCCUCCGACUGCGGGUUUUGUGCUCAUGGUGGGAAUAAGCUUCUACCAGGUGCUUGUUUGGCAUCCGCUGAUGCAGUAAAGGAUGCAUGCCAUGCCGGCCAUCGUGAAUGGUACACCAAAGGCUGCCCAAGCAACUUCGGCUGGUUGGCUCUGAUCGCUCUUGGAGCGUACAUCAUCUCCUACUCCCCCGGCAUGGGCACCGUGCCGUGGAUCGUCAACUCUGAGAUCUACCCUCUCCGAUUCAGGGGCCUCUGCGGCGGCUUGGCUGCGGUCGCCAACUGGGUGUCUAAUCUUAUCGUCGCCCAAACCUUCUUGAGCUUAACUGAGGCUCUCGGCGCGGCCCCUACAUUCCUCUUAUUCUGUGGGUUGUCGGCUUUGGCUUUUGUUCUCAUAUUCUUCUUUGUGCCGGAGACUAAGGGAUUGCAGUUCGAAGAGGUGGAGAAGAUGCUGGAGAAGAAAGGCUACAGGGCUUGGAAAAAGAACUCCGUCAAGCCAUAAUUUAUCGCCUGCAUUAUUAUAGAAAGAGAAGUAUUGUGAUAAUAAUAUUCUUUAUCUUAUUGUACUCUUCAUAGACCUCAUGUGCUUGGCAAAAUUGUCCAUAAUAUGUGUUGUGUGAUGAUGAAUGAUUUGUAUGAAUUUGGUAACUUCAGAUUU